AUGUUUGCUUUACGGAGCCUCAUACGGGGGUUUACGUACGCGCAAGCUCCCCGAGCAUGCCAUAGCUCAGCGCCGCCGCAAAGUAGACACGUAUCGCACGUUAAGGCGUUCAGAAUCAAGGGAUACCCAUUCGAGAAGACCAGAGCGCCAAAGACUGAAUGGUACAAGCGCGCGGAGGCGGCAUUCCUCGCAGAACGUGCUAGGGUGCCGCAUGGACUGGUUGGAAGAUGGCAACCUGAGGACCUCUCGGGGUUGGAUCCCCGUGUAUCGCAAGCUCUCAGCCUCAAGUGCGCUAAUGGCAGGGAGAUCAGACGGGCGCGCACGUUGAUACUCAUGAAACACCUACAGAAGGAGCCGUUUGACACGGGAAGUGCACCAGUGCAGCUUGCUUGUGUUUCCGAGAAGAUUCUGAACCUCAGGGCGCACCUCAUCCGGCAUCCGCGAGACAAUUGCAGGAAGCGUGCCAUGGCCAUACUGCUAAGCAGGCGGCAUAAGCUAAUGAAGCGACUGUACAACGAAGACUUCCAGCUAUACCAGCACGUAUGCAAGGUGCUAAGCGUAGACGGCGACAUUUGCAAGUUCCUUAUUAGGCAAAAGCUUUGGUGGGGCAGGUUCAGGCCGCGGCCGAUAGCGCUGCCGUCUGGGAAAAAGAUCGCAUACACCAGACAUCCGAUGGAGCCACCUCCAGCGGAUCUCAACAGUUAG